AUGGCAGUCAACAUAACCAAAACCAGCGCCGAGUACCUACAAGCCGUGGUAGACAUGGGCAGCAAUGGAAUCCGCUUCUCAAUAUCAAGUUUACAGCCUCCAACAGCUCGCAUCAUGCCAACACUGUAUCAACACCGAGAAGCAAUCUCUCUGUACGAUGCCCAAUGGAAACCCGGCAAUCCUGAACGACAAACAAUUGACGACAAUACCAUCGCAGCUGUAGUUGCCUCCUUCGCUGCCUUCAAACGGACAUGUGUAGACUUUGAAGUGCCAACUACUAAUAUUACCGUGCUGGCCACAGAGGCUACACGAACGGCGCCGAACUCAGAGGAGUUUCGAGAUCGUAUCAAGGAGGCUGUCGGCUGGGAUGUCAUCAUGCUGGCGAAGGAGGAUGAAGGCCGAGUAGGCGCCAUGGGCGUUGCAAGCUCUCUGCCUACUGUCUCUGGCCUAGUAAUGGACCUCGGCGGUGGUAGCACUCAGCUUAGCUGGCUUAUCAAGGACGCGAACUCUGACGAAGUGAGGAUGCCGAAUAACGGUUCGAUCAGCAUGCCGUAUGGUGCGGCAGCUAUGACACGUCGCCUGGCAGAAGCUGAGAAAGCAGGUACCACGGCCGAGCUCAAGGCAGAGGUGCAGAAAGCUGUCAAGGACGCCUAUGCUAACCUCAACGUGCCUACUGAACUGCAAGAGACUGCAAGAAGCCACGGAGGCUUCACACUCUACCUCUCCGGUGGCGGCUUCAGAGGUUGGGGCUACGUCUUGAUGUCCCAGCACAACAUCACACCAUACCUGAUCCCAGUCAUCAAUGGAUUCAAAGCAGAUCGUCAGCAGUUUCUUGGUACAGAGGCGGUCAAAGAGGCAGCCGCUGCAACACUGACCGAAACCGACGAUGCAGCAGAGAUCUUUCGUGUAUCCGAUCGACGAGCCUCUCAGGUCCCAGCUGUGGCGUUCCUGGUCAGCGCAUUAGCCCAGACAUUGCCGGACAUCAAGGAAGUGCGAUUUUGCCAGGGUGGGGUGCGGGAAGGUCAUCUCUUCACCAAGCUUUUGAAGGAAGUGAGGGCCCAGCAUCCCCUCGUCGUGGCGACAGAGCCGUAUGAUACGGCCAAUACUUCCGGUGCAAUCACCAAGCUUCUCCUCUCCGCGUUGCCUAAGCCAGAUGGGCGACAGAAUCAGCGCGACGUCUACAGCGACGUCUUCACCUCACAGCUUCUCGAUGCCUUCGCGAACCUGAUAUACUACCACAGCUCGCACAGUAAGGAUCUUCAAGCCUCUUCUGCGAUCAGAUCAACGACGACAGGGAUCUUGGCAAGUGUGCACGGCGUGUUGCAUGAGAACCGAACGUUUCUAGCACUUUUGCUCUGUCAGCGAUGGGGUGGUAAUGUUCCACCCUCGGAUUCGACAUUCAAGAAAGGUCUGGAGGCGAUGGUCGAGUCACCCUACACGCUGUGGUGGAUCAACUACCUUGGUUCAAUAGCUUCGCUCAUUGCUUCUGUCUACCCGGCCGGUGUCAGUGAGCAUAAUGCUGGGAGGGUAGGCUUCGAUGCAGCGUGGGACGAAAGCGGGAAAGGUGAGGCGGAGAUUAAAUUGCAAGUUGUCUUUGCCAAGGAUGUGCGGGCGGUAGGGUUCGAAAAGGAAGUGCACGGGGUGGAGAAGGUGGGUAAGAAGAAGAGGUGGGUUGGUGGCAGGGACGGUGUCGGGUACAAGAUUGCUAUUGAGUUGAGAGACGAUGCUGCGUAG